UCUCUACCUCUCACACAGACACAGUCAGUACUCUCAGAGUCUGUUUAAAUGUGGACGUCUCCCUCCCAGACGAACCUGCGCGGUGACUUUCUACCAGGCCACCAUGCUUCCCCGUACCUUAUCCUUCCUCCUGCUCUUCAUCUGCCUCUCCUCUGGGAUGUCUGCUUCUCUGGUCAGGAGGACAACCCGCGACGAGGACGACCCUCCUGCUGUUCCGACCACGUUCAGGGUUGCCCCCUCUGCUGCUGUAGGUGUUCCGUCGGAGGUUGAUACCGUGCGGGCAGGUGGCCCGGUCGUUGAUGAUACUCCUUCAGCUGAGGCUGAGGCAGAAGCCCUAGUGACAAAUGAGCCUGUUACAGAUGCCGCUGUAGCUGACGAGGUUGUAGCUGAAGAGCCGGUUGAGGACACCCCAGGUGCUGAUGCUCUGGUAGCAGAUGCCCCUGUAGACGCCUUUAUCAUAACAGAAGAAGAACAAGAGGCCCUGAUAACAGAAGCAAUGAUUAAAGAGUUGUCUGCCCGGGUGGAGAAGGAAGACCUCGCUGAAGAGACAGAGAUUCAAGACGCCAUCUUGAAAGAGUUGGCUGACGGGGAGACCCUUGGGAAGGCAGUGGAGGAGCCCAUUGAAGAGGCAGAUGCUCCAGGGGAGGAUCCAGCCAGCUCUGAGAUACUUGUCUUCGAAACCCAGGAAGAGGACUCUGGAUGGGGGUUGGCUUCCGUCAGAGAGAGCCUCCAGGCAGCCAACGGAUACUUUGACUCUCUUGUGGAACUGAUGGGGGGACGCAAUGGAGUGUGUCAAUACAAGUGCAAAUACGGUAAAACACCUGUGCAUCGCUAUGGUUACGUGACCCCAGAGCCCAACGGUUGCAGCUCCAACCUCCUAGGAUUCCAGUUUGACAUUGGCAUCCCAGCCAUGACUCAGUGCUGUAACCAGCUGGACAGUUGUUACGACACCUGUGGCUCCAACAAGUACCGCUGCGACUCCAAGUACCGCUGGUGUCUCCACGCUAUCUGCUCUGACCUGAAGAAAAGCUUGGGGUUCGUGUCAAAGGUCAAAGCCUGUGAGACCGUAGCAGAUGCUCUGUACAACACUGUGUGGACACUGGGCUGCAGAUCCUUCAUGAACAGCCAGAGGGAAGCAUGUUACUGUGAGGGAGAGGAGAGGGACGAGCUGUAGAGGACCAGGCUGGGACACAACACAACACUACUCAACACGAGAGAAAGCAGGGAGGAGAGGGACGAGCUAUAGAGGACCCCAGCUGGGACACAACACAACACUACUCAACACGAGAGAAAGCAGGGAGGAGAAGGGCGAGCUGUAGAGGACCAGGCCGGGACACAACACUACUCAACACGAGAGAAAGCAGGGAGGAGAAGGGCGAGCUGUAGAGGACCAGGCCGGGACACAACACUACUCAACACGAGAGAAAGCAGGGAGGAGAAGGACGAGCUAUAGAGGACCAGGCUUGGACACAACACAAUACUACUCAACACGAGAGAAAGCUGGGAGGAGAAGGGCGAGCUGUAGAGGACCAGGCUGGGACACAACACUACUCAACACGAGAGAGAGCAGGGAGGAGAAGGGCGAGCUAUAGAGGACAUGCAGGAAAAUAUCCUCUUGCGAGAAUCAUCAAUGGAAAGGAUGCUUGGAACUCAACAUGGAUUCAUACAGUGGGACUUCACACCGCACAAAUUAGAAUAUAACUUUAUUAUUAACUUAGAAAAUAGAACCAUUUUUCUAUUACCACAUGAAAACACGACAGAGGCUUUACUUCUUGAUGAGGAAAGCCCUAACAAGACUUUACCAAUGAGUUAAUAGUGGUUAUUAUGUAGAAUAAAAUACUAACCGUAUGUAGUGUUGUGUCACACUGUCUUCAUCUAACUUCUACCUAUUUCUUUUUCUAAAACUUGACAGCGGAUAUUUAUAUUUCAAAUAUAUUUUCAGGAAAAGACAAUGACUCCAUUAACAUAUUAUUGUGUUAUUAUUUUAUUAACAUACCUCAAACCAAAACAAAUCCUGAUAGAGAGAAGACCUUUCAGUCAAUAUCCCACAUAAGAAUACAAAUGUACCUGCUCAACGGGGCAAUUUGAUGUGCACUUUGUAUGCAAACAAGCCGACGUCCCAAACGGCAACCUAUUCACUACAAAGUGCACUACUUUUGACCACGGCCCAUGAGGCUCUGGUCGUAAGUAGUGCACUUUGUAGGGAAUAGGGUGUCAUUUGGGACGCAAACCCGAAAUAACCUAGUCUAACACAACACAAACACCAGUAAGUUUAAAUAAGUGUGCUAUGUUGCACUGUAUGUUAUCAUGUGUGUUGCUGUCCAUUGACUGAUGGGAAUAUCAGGCUUUUUUGUGUUACUUUUCUAUGAAUAAAUGAAUAACUAAUUAUACAA